GUCGUCAUCAGUUUCAGAGAGACGUCCCAGAGGAUAUCCAGCCUAUAAGCAUCGCAAUUGUCGGGCGGCCGAACGUGGGCAAGUCGACUCUGUUCAAUCGCCUACAGUCUGGUACACGGCGGAAGAAGCGGGACAUAGACCACCGCGCCAUCAUCAGCGAUCGUGCAGGCACCACCCGCGAUCGCAAAGACGCGCUGGCGGUGCUAUAUGGGCUGCUGCUCCGGGUCAUUGACACGGGCGGACUUGAGAGCCCGAAGGAGACGUCUGCAAACACGCUGCUGCAGUCUAUGCAGGAGCAGGUGUGGAGAGCGAUCGCAGAGGCGCAGGCGAUCCUGUUCCUCAUCGAUGCACAGGAGGGCAUCACCCCGAGCGACCUUGCGAUUGCCAAGAUGCUUCGUGAUGGAGCAGGGAAUGCAGAUCGCUACCGGGACCUUUUCAAGACGGAGACGCCCAGGGAUGUCCCGAUCAUCCUCAUCGCCAACAAGGCAGAGAACACUUUUAUCGGCCCUUACUUGAACGACUGCUACGAGCUCGGGGUGGGAGAUCCGGUCAUCAUCUCCGCCAAGAAGAACCAAGGCAUGGACGAUCUCUACGAUCGGCUGCUUCUGGAAGUUGGCCACCUUCAGCAGCAGGAAGAGGAAAAUCCGGGCACUGCUUUCAUGCCAACCGACGAGGAAGGCAUGUACAUGCAAGGUAUGGAGGACGAGGAGAUGGCCGAGGAAGCUGAGGAGGAAGAGGCCGAGGACGACCUUGAGGACGAGGAGGAGCUCAGUGGACAGAGCGACUCAGAGAGUGGCCCUCCACCAGGACCCAGCUUGCCUUGGUUGACUUUGGACAUGCCGGAGCAGAAGUGGAGGUCUUUGAGGUACUAUGCGCAUCAUCCUGCUGAUCCUCUCGGUGCAUUGGACCCGGGGCUCAAGGCAGCUGUUAUGCACGACGACGGAAGGCGAAUUGGCAAGUAUUGGCUUGGAGCCAAACAGCGCUCGCUUCCGACCAAAGAGGCAAGGGACUACGUCUUGCGGCAUCGUCGUGCUCAAGAGAUGGAGAACGCCAUGAAGGUGGCGAUUAUUGGGCAGCCGAACGGCGGAAAGUCCAGCAUCAUCAACGCGCUCCUUCAGGAGGAGCGGUGUGUGGUGGACGAUGCGGAUGGCACGACCAUGGACUCCAUCAUCACUAACUGGACGUUCAAAGAGCACCCGGUGAAGCUGAUAGACACGUGUGGGAUCUACCGAGGCUGGCAGUACUCCGGUACCACUGCAGAGUUUGUGCAGCCUGGCAUGGGUACGCGCAAGGCCAUUCGACGAGCGCAUGUUUGCGUCCUCUGCCUAGAUGCCCAGCGAUAUGCCAAGAUGACGCACAACAGUUGUCCGAACAAGUUUGAGAUCAACUUGGGCAACUUCGUCGCGGACGAGGGCAAGUGCUUGAUCAUCGUCCGGAGCUCGCCAUCAGUAUGA